AUGGACGUCGACCCCCCGCCCCGCGAUCGCGACCACGGCGACCGCGACCAUGACGCCAACGGUGCCCCCCAUCCCCACCCCCAGCACGACGACCGUGCCGCUCCCGAUGCCAAUGGCAAGGACUAUGCACCCAGCAACGGCGGCGGCAGCGCUGACGACGCCCGCGCCGAUGCUGCCCAACGCGGCGAGAAGAUUGUCAAGCUGAACAAGGUCUACAUCGGGGGACUCCCCGAACAUACUCGCAAGGAAGACCUCGAGAGCUGCUUUCGCAACAUCGGGACCAUUGUCAACAUCGAGCUCAAGGUGGGCUACGGCUUUGUGGAAUUCGACAGCCGGGAGGCCGCGGAAGAGAGUGUAGCCAAGUACCAUGAGGGCUAUUUCAUGGGCAACAAGAUCCGCGUGGAAAUCUCGCACGGUGGCGGCAGAACCGCGAAGUACACCGGUGACCCUGGGGCGUGCUUCAAAUGCGGUCUGAUGGGCCACUGGGCAAGGGAAUGCCCUAACAUGACAAGCGGAGCCAUCCUGGAAGUGAUGCUCCUCUCAUUGACCGCAUCCAAACCACCAGAGACUACCCUCCUCCCCCGCGGGACUAUCCCUACAGGGGAGGGGAGUACCCCCAUCUGCCUCCUAGCGGUGACCCGCGCUACUACGACUAUCCUGCUCCUCGUUCCUACGGCCGUCCUCCAGGCGCUCCCGCUCCUCCGCCUGCUCGCGUUGACUCUCGAGGCUAUUAUCCUGGAGGAGAGCCUGUGCCUCCGGCUGGCUACCCCCCUCGCGACUAUCCUCCUCCUCGGGACUAUUACGACCGUUACGAUAGGAGACCUCGUACCCCUCCUCCUGCUCCUCCGGCUCGUGCUGCUCGCGACGAUUAUGACCGUCCUCCUCGCGACUACCCUCCUGAGACUCGCGGCCGUCCUGCUUCUCCCCCGCCUGCUCGUUACAACGACUACCCUCCUCCCCGUGCUGGGAGCGUCGAGCCUCGAUACCGGUACGUUUUUCUCCUGUUCCCCGCCGUCCCCCGCGACGAGGCUAACGCCAUCACCCCCUCGAAGUGGCCGUGGUCGGUCUCAGAGCCCCCCUCCGCCACGUUCAUCCUCUGGCGCCCCCUACGAUACUGCGGGCUACGGCUCUGGAGGCCCGCCUUACAACAGCUCCUCUGGCUAUGCGAACGGUGGCUACUCUGCAGGCGGUGCCCCGCCUCCUCGCGGCUCUGGCGGCAACAGAGACUAUCCGCCGCCCCGCUCGCGCGACGCCGAGCCGGCGAGCUCCUACCGCCGCGCUUAG